GGGACACUCCUCAUUUUUCAGCCACAGCGACUUCUCGCUCGACUCGCGACCAUGGCCCAGCCGGGGAACGUCCUCAACUUCAGCGGGCAUCUUCAUCUUAGGAGUCGACUGGUGCUUUCUAUACUGAGCGGUAAGGCCGUCAAGAUUGACCAUAUUCGUUCGGAGGACAAGAAUCCUGGUCUGAGAGACUACGAGGUCAGCCUGCUUCGCCUACUAGAGCGCAUCACGAAUGGCACGGUGAUUGAGAUAUCUGUGACCGGUACUGCACUCUUGCUGAAGCCCGGGGUGAUAGCAGGUGGACCGGUGACCCACGAUUGCCCCUUGUCACGCUCAAUUGGCUACUUCCUUGAGCCUGUAAUUAUGCUCGCCCCGUUCUCCAAGAGGCCUCUGCAACUCACGCUACGAGGCAUCACGUCCGACGACCGCGACCUUUCGGUCGAUCUCAUUCGUACCGUGACACUACCACAGCUACAGGCAUUCGGUGUGUCCGACGGUCUAGAGUUGCGUAUCAGGAAACGUGGUAGUCCACCCCUUGGUGGUGGUGAAGUCCAGUUAAUAUGUCCAAUCGUAAAGGAGCUCAAAACACUCAACUUCGUGGAGCGGGGCAAGAUCAAGCGAAUACGCGGUAUAUCACAUGCUGUCCGCGUCAACCCGCAAUUCUCCAACCGCAUGAUCGAGGCUGCUCGGUCGGUGCUGAACCGCUACAUCCCGGACAUUUACCUUUACUCCGACGUCUACAAAGGCGAGGACAGCGGCAAGUCUCCAGGCUACGGGCUCUCCAUCCUCUCCGAAUCGACUACUGGCGCAAUGCACUGCGCGGAAGCGCUCUCCCAGCCCGGCGUCGCACCCGAGGACAUCGCCCUCCUCGCCACCCGCGCGCUCCUGCAGGAAGUGCAAAGGGGCGGCUGCGUAGACAGUCACCACCAGACUCUCGUUCUGCUCUUCAUGGUGCUCGGCAGCGAGGAUGUCGGUCGGUGUAGGAUGGGCGAGCCCACAGCGAGGACGAUCCAGUUUCUCAGAGAUGUGAAGAUGGCGUUUGGGACGACGUUCAAGAUCGUCCCGGCGGAGAAGAGCGACCCGGCCUCGACCGAGCUGGUGUACUCGUGCUAUGGUGUCGGCUAUGUCAACGCCAACAGGACCCUUUCAUAGUCAUGACGGUGGACAUUUCCUAAUGGAGCGGGAGCGUCUCUUUUACGCUACGAGAUGCUACAUGAUCACAUCAAACAAGGGCACGCCGCGGGGGACGAGAUGGGAGGAGCUUUGAGUUUGUGUAG